AAAACGAUUCCUAUCUGUCAAGUGUGAAUCUAGCGAAGGGAAGGUAAAAACUGCCAACACAGUGCAUUUUUAUUGGAAAAUCGUCGAAAAUGGUUGAAUCCAAAUCGGAAAAACAAGAAAUCAAUAAGGAAAACGCAGACCCAUCGAAGGCAAUGGAAAUCGAUGAGGAUGACGGUGUUCCGCCGAAGAUUUUCACUAUCGAAAUUCUGCGGGUGAUCAAGGAUUUACAGCAGCAGCAUGGUCUGCGCCAUGGGGAUUACCAGCGGUACCGUGGCUACUGUUCCCGACGUGUAAAACGCUUGAGGAAAACAUUGAAUUUGCCCCAAGGAGAUAAACGCCACUACAAGAAACGGGACGUAACGUUGGCCAACCUGGAGAGGGACAAUUCGGACGAAAGGUUGAUCCAUAUUCCGCUGAUGCUGGCCGAAAGAGCCUGGGCCUAUGCCAUGCAGCUGAGACAAGAGUCCAACACGGAACCGCGAAAGAGGUUCCAUUUGGUGGGUAAGCUGAGAAAGGCGACGGUUUAUGCCUUGCAGCUUCAGGAGCUUUGUAAUUCAGAUUAUUGCGACGCUCGAACCAAGUUGGAAGCGGAAGCUUACUCGGCUUGGAUUCACGGGUCGCUGCAUUUCGAGCUCUCACUGUGGAAAAGUGCUGCGGAGAACUUGAAAAAGGCGCAGGUAAUUUACGAGAAUUUGACGCAGGCGCUCCCGGAAGAAGAGCAGGUGGUCUACAAGGCCAAGGUGGAUGAGUUGACCCCAAGCUUGCGCUAUUGCGCUUAUAAUGUAGGGGAAAAUGCAUCUAUGAACGAUUUAUUGGAGAUGCGAGGCCAAGGAAUGCUCGACAAUUUGAGCUCUUUGGUGGCUCAAACAAAAACGGAAAGCAUGGAAGCAUUCCAAACUACGGAAUGGCGCGGUCGGAAGGUUACGGUACGUCCUGAAAAGGUCAGGUUGUUCCUUUUGAGUAUUCAAGAUUUGGAGAAGAGCAUUGAAAAGGCAAAGGAUUAUCCCACCAAGAUCGAACUUUUGGAGAAUGUUCUUUUGGAUUGUAAGGAUGCUAUUUCUGCUAUCAAAGAUGAAAUAAAACAGGAUCCUAAGUUGAGGUCAAGCAACGAGUCAGGAACGAUGACUGCGACGCAGUAUUUACUAACUUAUUUGUCCUACACAAGAUUGAAGCUGACACUGGAGAGAAACUUGUUCAUGGUUGCUCAAGGAAAAUUGAGUUUGGAUGAUCCAAAUGUCCCGGAAAAAGCUCAAAUCGAGGGCAAGAAAACCAAGCCUCAAGAUCUGUCCAGAUUGUAUGAAAUUAUCCUUCAAAAUGUGGUGGAAAUGCAGCAACUUGCUGGUAUGGAAUCAGAUGCCCUUUAUCAAUCUGAAAUUGAAACAUUGACCCUGACAUUCAAGUCUUUCCGCUGCUAUUACAUUGCCAUUACCCUGGUUGCCUUGAAACGAUGGCGUGAAGCUGUUGCUUUAUAUGAACGAUCCACUAAAUACGCAACAGAAGCUAUCGCCUCCAAAGCGAUUAGCAAUGAUUUUGAUUUACGCAACGAUUUGAAGCAACUGAUCCAAACGAUAGAGGGAUGCAAAUUCUCCGCACAUGCAAACAGUGUUCUGGAAGAGGACACCACCGAGGAGUCGGUUCUUUAUGGUAAGGCUACCAAAACAUCGAAGCCUCUGUUCGAACGGCUUUCCGUGUACAAAGAAGAUGCUUCUCUCAACUCGCGGAAUCCGAAUGUGUUUAAAUUGACGCCGGAGAUGCAACCGAUUCCUGCCAAGCCACUGUUCUUUGAUUUGGCGCUAAACUUUGUUGAGUUUCCUUCACUGGAGGACAAAGUGGAGCAGAAGGCCGGUGCCAAACAGACUGCCGGAAUGUCUGGAUUUGUUAAGGGUCUGUUCGGCUGGGGUGGUAGCGGUGGAAAGUGAAUUUUUUAUGCAGAAGUAUCCAUUUAUUUUACGUUCGCUUUUUUUGAAACUGAUUAUUAAUAUAUGUCUGUAAUGUGGUACCAAUAAAAUAUAAUGUUCUAAAUAA